UGAAUGGUCAUGGCUCCUAGAGAGGGUUCUGAGAGAAGUUCGGUAAUGGAUGUAAUACGAGCCAUUCUACUCGGGCCUCCCGAAGCUGGAAAGGGGACCCAGGCUCCAAAGCUCGCUGAAAAAUACUGUGUUUGCCACCUUGCCACUGGGGACAUGCUGAUAGCCAUGGUAGCAUCAGGGUCAGAACUUGGUACACGUCUGAAGGCCACUAUGGAUGCAGGUAAAUUGGUUAGUGAAGAAAUGGUGGUAGAGCUGAUUGAAAAGAACCUGGAUACUCCUCCCUGUCAGAAGGGAUUCCUCUUGGAUGGAUUCCCCCGCACUGUGAAACAAGCAGAGAUGUUGGAUGAUCUUUUGGAAAAGCGUCAGGUGAAGCUAGACUCUGUGAUUGAGUUCAGCGUGGAUAACUCCUUGCUUGUGCGAAGGAUAUGUGGAAGGCUAAUUCACCCAUCCAGUGGGCGAUCAUACCAUGAAGAGUUCAAUCCUCCCAAGGAGCACAUGAUAGAUGAUGUAACAGGAGAACCACUGAUCCGACACUCAGAUGAUAAUGAGAACACCCUAAAGUCAAGGCUAGAAGCAUACCAAACAAUGACAGCCCAACUAUUGUCUUACUACCAACGGCAUGGUAUCCACACUGCUGUAGAUGCGUCACAGGCACCGGAUAUUGUCUUUGCCAGUAUUUUGGCAGCUUUCUCCAAAGCUCCAUGUAAAGAUCUUGUUACGUUUAUAUGAAAUUAACUGGGGACAUGAACCAUAGACGCUGAGUGCAGGGAGAAGGGUGGAUUUUGGGGCUCGCAAAGAAUCAAUGUAUUAAAUUGUUAAAGGGAAUAUUCUCAAAUACAACUCCAGCUUGGGCUCUUCCUCACUGUUGUGCAAUUUUUAAACGCCUUUGGUGCGUGGUAAGUGCAGUGUUUUAUUGUGCACUGUUCUUUCUUAAUAAAAUAUCUGUAAAAUGCUAA